ACACACACAAGAGGGAAAAGUUAUUUGCAAGGGUCAGGGUGUGUGCGCGCGAUGUGUUUAUGGGCCAAGCUGCAUGAGAAUGCCGGAUACCACUGAAGGCUCGUAAACCAUCAUAAAACGGACAUUACCCAAUAUCCCUUCGCCAUGCCCGAGCCGACGAGGAGAAGGCGAGCUUCUCGGCAAGCCUCGUCUCUCCUCAGACUCAUCUCCUCGCUGCCCGCCGUCUGUCUCCUCCACCUCAGCCUGUGCGCAACCCGCUCGUGGGCCCAGCAGACGGUGCCCAUCGUGUCCACGGCGCAAGGGCGCAUCCGUGGCAUCCUGACCCCACUGCCUUCUGACCUCCUGGGCCCUGUCAUCCAGUACCUGGGGGUGCCCUAUGCCAGGCCCCCGACCGGGGACCGGCGUUUCCAAGCGCCCGAGCCGCCCUUACCGUGGCCCGGAAUCCGGAACGUGACCCAGUUUGCGCCCGUUUGCCCGCAAUCCUUGGACGAGAGGAGCAUACUGGGAGAUAUGAUGCCCUCGUGGCUCACGGCCAACUUGGACAUCGCGGCCACCUACCUGACCCACCAGAGUGAGGAUUGUCUCUACCUCAACAUCUACGUGCCCACCGAAGAAGACAUUCACGAGGAGGGUGGGCAGAGGCCCGUGAUGGUCUACGUCCACGGCGGCUCAUACACAGAAGGCACCGGCAACAUGAUGGACGGAAGCGUGUUGGCGAGCUACGGCAACGUCAUCGUCAUCACGCUCAACUACCGCUUGGGCGUACUCGGAUUUCUGAGCACGGGGGACCAGGCCGCCAAGGGCAACUAUGGCCUACUGGACCAGAUCCAAGCUCUGCGCUGGGUCAAGGAGAAUAUCGCGGCCUUCGGAGGAGACCCAAACAGGGUGACCGUGUUCGGAUCCGGAGCCGGCGCUUCUUGCGUUAGUCUUCUCACUUUGUCUCACUACUCUGAGGAUUUGUUUCACAGGGCCAUCAUCCAGAGCGGCAGCGCUUUAGCCAGUUGGGCUGUCAACUACCAGCCCAGCAAGUACGCGCGACAGCUGGGGGAGCGGGUGGGCUGCGGCAUCGACGACAGCACCCAACUGGUGGCCUGCCUCCAGGGCCGCAGCUACAGGGAGCUCGUGGAGCAGCACGUCACGCCGGCCAAGUACCACACGGCUUUCGCGCCGGUCAUCGACGGGGAUGUGAUACCGGACGACCCGCAGAUCCUGAUGGAGCAGGGGGAGUUUCUCAACUACGACGUGAUGCUGGGGGUGAAUCAGGGCGAGGGGGUGAAGUUCGUGGAGGGCAUCGUGGACUCCGAGGACGGCGUCACGGCCGAGGACUUCGACUUCGCCGUGUCGGACUUUGUGGAUAGCCUGUAUGGAUACCCGGAGGGCCGCGAUACGCUCAGAGAGAGUAUCAGGUUCAUGUACACGGACUGGGCCGACCGUGACAAUGCCGAGACCCGACGGAAGACUCUGGUGGCGCUGUUCACAGACCACCAGUGGGUGGCUCCGGCAAUCGCCACGGCGGACCUCCACGCACAGUACGGCUCACCCACCUACUUCUACUCCUUUUACCACCACUGCCAGAGCGAAGCCACGCCCCCCUGGGCAGACUCCGCACACGGUGAUGAGGUGCCGUAUGUAUUUGGCGUGCCCAUGGUGGGUCCCACCGAUCUGUUCAACUGUAACUUCUCCAAGAACGAUGUGAUGCUUAGCGCCGUGGUGAUGACCUACUGGACCAACUUUGCCAAGACGGGGGACCCCAACCAGCCUGUUCCCCAAGACACCAAGUUCAUCCACACGAAACCGAACCGCUUUGAGGAGGUUGCCUGGUCUAAGUACACCCCGAAAGAGCAGCUCUACCUCCACAUCGGUCUGAAGCCUCGCGUCCGAGACCACUAUCGAGCGACCAAGAUCUCCUUCUGGCUCCAACUGGUUCCUCACCUACACCACGUGAACGAGCUCCUCCAGUCGGUGUCCUCUUUUACGCACAGCCCCUCUCCGCAGGACGACACUCCUUAUUCCUACACCAAGCGCCUCUCCAAGGGAUGGCCUCCGAGCAGCACCCGCCACCCGGGAUCCCAAGGAGGUACGCAACAGCCUCCCGAGUCAGCUCUAGGACAGGGCGGCGGCGGCGAGAACGGAGUCCAUGUCGCCAACGAGGACUAUUCAACAGAACUCUCCGUGACCAUCGCGGUGGGAGCCUCGCUGUUGUUUCUGAACAUCUUGGCGUUCGCCGCUCUACUCUACAAGAAAGACAAGAGGCGGCUGGAGCAUCGCCGGCCACGUCCGCUCCCUCCCCCGCGGCGAGAUAUCACGGCCGCCGAUGUCGCCGCUCACCUUCAGGGUGAAGGACUCAUGUCAUUACAGGUGAAGCAGCUGGAAUCUGAUGUGGCGUCAGCUGACGAGAGGAACAACACGCACCACCAUCACACCCUGGACACGCUGGACGCUCUGGACGGUUUGGACACGCAGGACAUCUACAGCACCCUGGACACGGUGCGCCUCACCUGCCCGCCUGACUACACCCUCACUCUGCGGCGCUCGCCCGACGACGUCCCCCUCAUGACCUCGCUCACCCCGGGCUCGCUACCCGUGACGCCGGGCUCGCACCCCGUUACCCCCGCCACACCCAUGACCCCCAUGACGCCCGGGUCGGUGGUAGGGAUGCGGAUGGGCCAUCCCCACCAGGGAUACACGCACCACAGCCCGUACAGUAAUACGCACUUGCCACACACACACAUCUCCACGCACACACACUCUACCACACGUGUAUAACCGCAGCAAGAAUCUUGCCCCCAGCGGGACAUAAUUACAACACACAUGCUUACACGCAUACACACACACACACACACACACACGAAACCAUAGCACACAAAUACCUCUACUAAUGACCCUGCAGGAUUGUUCCAGAUGGAGAGACAUAGCAGUAGGAGGAAACAACAGCUGUGUGGGAGCAGAUGAAGAAGUGGAGAUGCAUUUCUACGGAGGAGAGCUUUGGAUAUGCCAUGUUUGUUCGAGGCGGCGCUCAAGCAAUGAGCAGCAGGUCGGUGGUGGACCAGCUUGUAUCUGGCGAAUCUUCGGAUAUGGCGAUGAGCAAGAGCAGUCAAUUGGGGACUUAAUUUUAACUCGUGUAGCUAAGGGGGCGCUCGAGUAACAGCGGUCUGUGCUGGAGCAAAUUGUAUGCGGCGCAGCUUUGGAUAUGACGCCGCCUCCUUGCUCUUGGCUGCGCUUGAGCAAGUAGCGGUUAGCUGUGGACCAACUUGUAGCUCUCUGACUGGAAGUGUCGGACUUAAGUUGAGAAGGUACAGAAUUGACCACGCAGAAAGAACGGGGGCGAGACAGAAAGGGACUUUGGCUGUCCACCUGAACAACCUGUGAAAUGUGAAUGUAGCAUUUCUUUUUCUGUUUUUCAACAAAAAGAGAUUUGUCCCGGAACAAGUUGAGCUGAGGAGAACAUCCUAACGAAGGAGAGCAGGAGGGACUACAUAUUAAAAAGAAAACAACCUUAGCUGAAGGAAAAAUAAAGAGAUUCGAACUUGACCGAGAGCGGUAUAUCGUACCAGCUCUCCGAGAUGUUCCACUCGAGCAUCACUCUAACCAGCUAUGUGUUCAACUACUGUAAAUAGAAGGGAGAGAUGAUAGCUUAUGAUUUAUAGCAUUUACCUCGAUCUUGCAUUGACUUAUUUAACCACAUUAUUGCUUUCAUUUCUGAUAUUACUCUAUUGUUGUAUAGAUGUCCUGAAGCAAGGCUGGUUGUAUGUCUCGCUCGCUCACCUACUUUAAUAUUUAAAAGGCGUUCUUUUGCUGUUUGUCAUCAUUUCAACCAGUCUCCACUGUAAUCGUCUCGGUCUACUUGUUUCGUCGUCAGAAAUUCUCGGACAGCGUCCUGGCUAAUUGUUUGACCACCAGGGUGAUGAGAUCGUAUUGUGUAGAUAAUGCAACAUUGCUAAGAUGACUGAGCACCAGCCAACCGCCAUUCAGAACGCUUGCCCUCCUUCCCCUUCGUCUGGCCCUAAUUUCCUAAAAGGGUCCAAUUCGGUUGAGUUAUUUUGAAGGCUGCUUGUUUUGAUUCACAGGUUACUGGGGAAGAAAAAAAAAACUGAGCAAAUUAAGAUUCUACCUCCAUUGUUCACAAUGACCAGAAAAUACAAUAAUUACAAAAAAAAAAAAACAUGAGGUGUUGUAUGUAAUUUUUUUUUUCUUAAAUUAAUAUUUUCUUUGCAACCACUUCUACGCAUUGUAGUUUUUUGUUGUAGUAGUUUUUUGUUUAACCAACAAUGGCUUAAAACUAUCGCCAUAAACUCAACAAAAUAUAAUUGCAUCCUGAUAAGAAAAAAAUCAAAGCAAAAGAAUGACAAGCAUCCUGCCAUUUGACGAAUGAGUCACUUUCACUUCUUGGUUCAAUUUUUAUUCUUGAUCAUUACGUGGCCCUAUACAGGGCAAGGAACCGGAACCGGAUGAUUUCUGGCCAAUUAGAAAAAAAAAAACAGUUGCCAAAGUAUAAUUACAUUUAAUGAUAGAAAUGUAAAACAAGUAUUUUUAAUAUCAUGGUAAUGAAAAAAAAAAGUUUUCUAAUGUCUUGCAAUAAUUUCCUGGGAUUUGAAUGUUGAAUUUAUAAAUCUUUCAACAAGUGCUCUAAUAAAGGGUUCAAUUACUUUCACUUUUAUUCUCGCAUAAUAAAAAAAAAGAAAUGAUCCAUUAAUCAUUUGUUUUUUGCGUUUGCCAUUGAAGACUUGCUAUACUAAUCUCAUGCCGCGUAUUGCUUUUUAAUUUUUUUUUUUUUAGCAUUUGAAACACCCUUGCAAGGGCCGUUUAAUUUUUUAUUUUUAUUUUUUGUAAUCAAGUUGCCAUUCUUCUAGUCAGGCUUCAGCUUCUUGUGUAAAUCAUGACGAGUUCUACUUUGGACAGAUUUUGGAGGUUAUCCAGCUGGCUUCACACAGCUUAAGGGCUCUUUUGUCAGUUACGUUUCGAAUAAAUAAAUACGAGUGCAUUCAUAUGAACUAGUCACGUCGCAGAAGUGAUGCCGCUCUCGUAGCUGCCACAAAAAUUGACUUUGACAAAGGCCCAGUCCUGUUGCAAAUCAAAAAGUUGGCCAACCUGCAUUUUCACUUGAGUAACCCUUUUGCAACGGCCUCAACUUCCGUGUUGCGUUUUCUGUUCCCUCACUCAAAUGUUCAUUCUCCAAAACCAUGCUACUUUGCCACACUAUUUAAUCCAAUAUACAUAAGAGAUUUUAGUUGAUGUCAGCCAAACACCUGGAAAAAAAAUGUAAAUUUUUGGAUGGUAAAAUAAGAAGUUUUGCAAAAAAAAAAAAAAAAAAAUCCCACUGAAACAACAGUGGAACAGGUUGAUUGAGGCAUUUUCUUUUUCAUAUUGACUCGGUGGAUGGUGCGAUUGUGUGAAAGCAUAAAACAUUUCUGCUGCAAUUUUGAAAAAUAAAAAUACCGUAUUGAUAUUUUACAAUUUAGGA